ACGGGGCGUUGCAGCGGGGCUGCCAGCAUGGGGCUGCUGGGGCUGGGGGUAACUUUUGUCACUUUGCCUCUUGUCAUCCGAGCGGCUGCAGGAGGGCAGUGGUGCUACGACUCACAAGACCCGAAGUGCGGCCCCAGCCACUGGAAAGAGCUGCAGACCACCUGCAGCGGCGACAAGCAGUCUCCAGUUAACAUUGACCGGCGCUGGCUGCAGCGGGACGGCAGCCUUGGGGACAUCAUCUUUGAGGGCUAUGACCAGGCACCCCCCGGCAAGUGGCGGCUGCUGAACGAUGGGCACACGGUGAUGCUGAGCCUGGAGAGCGAGCCGGGUGCUGAGCACAUUGCCAUCAGUGGGGGGGGCCUCCCGGGCCGGUACCGUGCACUGCAGCUGCACUUCCACUGGGGCAGCCCAUCUAGGAAUGGCUCUGAGCACACCGUGGAUGGGCAUCAGCUCCCCAUGGAGCUGCACAUCGUCCACAUCAACGUCAAGUACCGCACCUUGGGGGAGGCCAAGGGGCACCCAAGCGGGCUGGCUGCACUGGGCUGCUUCUUCCAGGUCUCAGAAGCCGCAAACUCCAACUACAACACGAUCAUUGGGGGACUGAGGAACAUCUCCCAUGCUGGGCAGGCAGUGGACCUGGCCUCCACCUUCCGCCUUGGCAUGCUGCUGCCACACGUCGCACAGCUCUCCCGCUACUACCGCUACCAGGGCUCCCUGACCACCCCUGACUGCAGCGAGGCCGUCAUCUGGACUGUGUUUGAGGAGCCCGUGGGCAUCAGCAGGGAGCAGCUGCAGGCGUUUGUCAGCACCGUUCACUUCCCGGCCUCGGGCGCUGCGCCCCUGAAGAUGACCAACAACUUCCGUCCUCCACAACCGCUCCACCGCCGCAAGAUCUUCUCCUCCCGGGAUGCCACGGCCAGCUGUGGGUGUCCCCACUGUCCCCUCGCCCCGCUGCUCCUGCUGCCCCUGCUCGGCCCCUUCUUGUCUUCCCUUUAGGGCCCGGGUUCCCUGUUGGCUCUUCUUUGCAGCGGUGAGGAAACUUCUGGUUUAUGGGUGAUGGGGAAAAAAUGGUAAAAAGCAGCUAGGGCCAUCAGCCGGGUGAGGAUGCGGCAGCUCUGUCGUGGGCUCGGUCAUGGGGCUGUCAGGGCUGCAAUA